UGCCCUGGCUGGUCUCAAACUCCUGGGCUCAAACAGUCCUCCUACCUCGGCCUCCCAAAGCCCUGGGAUUACAGGUGUGAGCCCCCACACCAAGUCCAGAAAAGAGCAUUUAAUGGGAAUGAAUAUAGGUUCCUUUUUCUCCUACAGAAUUUUAGGUCGAUAGAGAAAUUUGCAAGGGCAUUUUUCAGAAUCAUCGUUUUUCCCAUUUUUUUUAUUAUGAGACUUACCAGAAACAAAUUAGCUGCUACAGGCUCAUCAACAAUGAGAAAAAGAGAGAGAUCACAGAAUUCUAAGUCUGAGAUAGUUAAUCAUCUUCAGUAGACUCCUAGGAAGCUGAAGGUUUAUGUUUAGGCUCCUACUUCAUGUGGAAAGAAAACUGUCAUAUUCUCAUCAUCAAUUUUAAGGUGUAUUUUUUCAGAUAUAAUUAUUACUAUGUAAACUAAUCCUGUGCUACUUGUAAACUGAUUGUAUCCAAUAUUUUAGCAGUAGAAUUUAGCACACUGCCACAGAAAACCCACACGGUAAUGGCAAAUAUACAAAUUUAUGUAAUAAUUAGUUGGUAAUGUGUUAAGAAGGUUUGUUUUUCGUUUGGAUUAGUGAGGAGUUUUUUGUUGUUAAAAAUAAAUAAAUGCUGAUUGUUGGAUAGUAUAUUUGGCUAUCAACUGUUUUCUGGAAUUGAACCGAGGUAGAAUAAUUCUCCUAUUUAUAGGCUACUGUGGAAGCUCCAUUUUGAUUAUCUUCCAUUUUGAUUGUAUUUUGAUUAAAAUUUGAGGAUUUUUGUGGAAAAAAAUUCUUAAACUGUGCAUCUCAAACCUUGAUAUAUAUACAAAUGACUUGGGCAUCUUCUUAGAUGCCCUUUGUGAUUCAGUGAGUCUAGGAUGGUUUAUUAGUCUGUUCUCAUGCUGCCAAUAAAGACAUACCCAAGACUGGGUAAUUUAUAAAGAAAAAGAGGUUUAAUGGACUCACAGUUCCAUGUGGCUUGGGAGGCCUCCCAGUCAUAGUGGAAGGUAAAAGGCACAUCUUACAUGGCAGCAGGCAGGAGGAAUGAAAAAUCAAGUGAAAGUGGAAACCCUUUAUAAAACCAUCGGAUCUUGGGAGACUUAUUCACUGCCAUGAGAACAGUAUGGGGGAAACCGCCCCCAUGAUUCAAUUAUGAUGAGUCCCACUGGGUCCCUCCCACAACAUGUGGGAAUUAUGGGAGCUCCCAGGAGCUGCUGAUGUUGCUGGUCCAUGGACCACACUUGGAGUAGUAAGGAUAUAAAGAACUGGACCUCUGGUGGAAGUAGGACAAGGUGUAACAAAUUGUGACUGUCUUUAUCAGAAAUGAGUGAUUAUUAUUUGUAUCCCUUUGAGAAGAAAAGCCCCUCUUGUAUUUCUAUAAAGAGUUGAAGUAGACAUUGGGCCACUCAAGAGGGGCAUGAUAUAAUGAAACAUUGAAGCCUCUCUAAGUUUAUAGAAGACAAUCUUCCUUGAGAUAGAUAUACUUCACAUCUGAGCUCCUACCUCAGGAUAGAUUAGAGUGGUCUCCUUCACUGCUCAUUGUAUGUAAUGAGAGAAUGAGAAUGAAAAAGGUAAAUAUCAUCUUGCUGUUAUUAUGACAAUAGCUUUGAUGUCAUGGGCUCACUGAGAGUGUCUUGGGAAUCCUCAGGGAUCUGUGUACUAUACUUUGAGAGAUGCUGGCAUAGAGGAAACUAUGCAUUGUAUAGCUGUGCCUAUUGCAAGCAGCAGGGUAGAUUUAUAUUGAGAACAGCCACUGAAUCAUAAAAUAUCUGAGCCACAGGUAGUUCUGGAUCCUCCUCAUUGAUUCAAGCCCUUUUCAGUUGUCCUGAUUGAAACCAUACUGUUGGUAUUCUGGACAAAAUACAUAGAAAUGGAAUGGUAAGAAAUUGGUUCAAAAUACUCCCAGUGGUUAAGUAAUUAGAAAGCCUAUAUUUGGAAGAAGUUAUAGCAAUUACUGGUGGAGGGAAGAAUUGGUUAGUAGAGAGAAUUAUUAUGUCAAAAGAGUUAUCAUAUUAUUGUAAUAAUAAUAGAUUAUGAAGUUGCAUAUUCAUUUUCUCAUUCCAUAUUUUACUCGUCGGACUCACGGACUGGAAGGUACCUUGGACCGGAAAGAGAGACUUUCUGGACUACGAAUUGCCGCUCCUGUAGCAGCCUACUGCUUAGGCUGCAUCUACUGCUCGUACUGUGCUUCAUGAUGGCCCAGGAAGGUUGGGCUGGCCCAGGGAGUAGUGAAAGUAGAAUGGAGAGUCAUUAAUUAUAAUUAUUAAUAUUUUUGAAUACAUUAAACAUUGCUAAAUGAUUUUAAAGUACUGUAGUAUAUUCAUCUACUGAAUACAUCACUUUAUACUCAUGUUCUUCCUCACUAAGUUGCAAAGAAAUAAAUUGUUAUUUUACACUUUAGGCACAGUGAACAUGGGUCAACUAAUCAAAGAAGUGAAAAAAUUUGAGAAAGAAAAGAUAGAGCUGGAAACAAUUUUAAACCUGAAACUUCAGCAACACAUGAAGUAUACAUGUAAUCGUGUGGAAGCAUGGACAAGAGAUGUUGCUUUCUUACUCAGACAAGAAGGCAGGCCCAUGGUUAAUCUUAUCCAUAAUAGGACUAAAGUCAGAGUGAUGGAAAGGGAUUGGCAGAAUACAGACAAAGCAAUAAAUUGGUUAAGAAAGGAAGCAAUUAAUUACACUGAACCAUUUGUUCUUUACUUGGGAUUAAAUUUACCACACCCUUACCCUUCACCAUCUUCUGGAGAAAAUUUUGGAUCUUCAACAUUUCACACAUCUCUUUAUUGGCUUGGAAAAGUGUCUCGUGAUGCUAUCAAAAUCCCAAAGUGGUCACCUUUGUCAGAAAUGCACCCUGUAGAUUAUUACUCUUCUUAUACAAAAAACUGCACUGGAAGAUUUACAGAAAAAGAAAUUAAGAAUAUUAGAGCAUUUUAUUAUGCUAUGUGUGCUGAGACAGAUGCCAUGCUCGGUGAAAUUAUUUUGGCCCUUCAUCAAUUAGAUCUUCUUCAGAAAACUAUUGUCAUAUACUCCUCAGAUCAUGGAGAGCUGGCCAUGGAACAUCGACAGUUUUAUAAAAUGAGCAUGUAUGAGGCCAGUGCACAUGUUCCGCUUUUGAUGAUGGGGCCAGGAAUUAAAGUCGACCUUCAAGUAUCAAAUGUGGUUUCUCUUGUGGAUAUUUACCCUACCAUGCUUGAUAUUGCUGGAAUUCCUCUGCCUCAGAACCUGAGUGGAUAUUCUUUGUUGCCAUUAUCAUCAGAAACAUUUAAGAAUGAACAUAAAGUCAAAAACCUGCAUCCGCCCUGGAUUCUAAGUGAAUUCCAUGGAUGUAAUGUGAAUGCCUCCACCUACAUGCUUCGAACUAACCACUGGAAGUAUAUAGCCUACUCGGACGGCACUUCAGUAUUGCCUCAACUCUUUGAUCUUUCCUCAGAUCCAGAUGAAUUAACAAAUGUUGCUGUAAAAUUUCCAGAAAUUACUUAUUCUUUGGAUCAGAAGCUUCGUUCCAUUAUAAACUACCCUAAAGUUUCUGCUUCUGUCCACCAGUAUAAUAAAGAGCAGUUUAUCAAGUGGAAACAAAGUAUAGGACAGAAUUAUUCAAACAUUAUAGCAAAUCUUAGGUGGCAUCAGGACUGGCAGAAAGAACCAAAGAAGUAUGAAAGUGCAAUCGAUCAGUGGCUUAAAAUGCAUAUGAAUCCAAGAGCAGUUUGAACAAAAAGUUUAAAAAUAAUGUUCUAGAGAUACAUAUAUAUCACAAGAUCAUAAUUAUGUAUUUUAAAUGAAACAGUUUUAAUAAUUACCAAGUUUUG